AUGGGGCAAAUAUAAUAGAUAUGUGCAAAAAAAUUAUCAAAUUGUGAUUCAUCAAUUUCAGAUAUAAGACAACAUAAACUGAAAAGAGAAUGCUUUAGGGAUUAAAGUUCUAAGAUGACUUUCGAUUAGAGUACAGUGAUAACGGAAACUUUAGAUGAGCUUAAAUUAAAACUCUCUUAAGAUGAAGAUAAAUAUAAUUAAGAUGUAGAAACAAAUAUCAGUAUAGUCGAGUCAUUUUAGAAGUUAGAAACAAAAAAUCUAUCUCAAAGAGAGCUAGAUGAAAUAACUGACUUAAAUGUCAUUAAUAAAUCAGAUGGAAUCAAAAGUAGAUCAAAAAGUGUAUUUAUUCGCAAUACUCUCCCAGAAAUACCACCUAAGAGUAUUCUGAAAAAUAGAGAAAUACAAUAGGAUCAAGAAAAAAGAAAUUUUACAUAACAAAAAAGAGUGAGGUUUUCAAUAAAAGAGUUAUAGAAGAAUAAACUAUUGUCAAAGUAUAAUGGAUAUAAGAAAAUUUCAUAUAUUUGA